AUGGGGGACACAGGCAGCUCCCACACCGAACAAUGGUGGCGCAAGCCAUUCAGCAUGCUCCAGACCAACUUGCGCGAAGUUGAUGUGGAUAUGGACGUGGAAAAGGUUGCUAGCUACAUCCACGAGCUCGGAGCUGAUGCGUGGCUCAUUGGCGUUGGCGGAAUCCAGGCGCAAUAUCCAACCGAGCUACCCUUUCACGCCAAAAACCCACUGGUUGCGCAACGGCAGAGUGGCGAUCUGAUCUCAGAUGCUUUUGCUGCUGCUAACUCCAGGGCGAUACGUCUAUUGGCACGAAUGGACUUCUCCAAGGUCAAUGCAGAGACGGCGAAGGAGCACCCAGAAUGGUGUUAUGUCUCACCGGCUGGUGGAAUGCAAAGACACACCGGCGGCCUCGUCUCCGUGUGUCCAUGCGGAGGCUACUACCAAGAGCGGAUAUUCGACAUUCUCGACGAGGUCGUGAAGCGGUACCCAUUCGAUGGCUUCUUCAUAAACUGGACGACGAUGAACGAGGAAGAUUACUAUAAGCGCUAUCACGGAGUUUGUCACUGCGCCGAAUGCAAAGCCCGUUGGCUCAAGUAUUCCGGUGGAGAGGAGCUGCCUAAUGGGCCCCAGGAUGGCAGCUAUCCCCGGUGGCUUACUUUUAGCCGCGAAGUGCUUGACCAGAUCACCGACAGAAUUCGUGCAUUCAUAGCGCAACGGCUCCCAACGGCCUGCUUAAUCCUCGGAAAGUCUGCCGACAUCAUGUUCCAUGAGGCUAACAACGCUGUUGGCCGGGAGCUCUGGCAUUAUACCACGUCGGAAACCGUCAGUUCAUGGAUGUCAUAUCGGCCGGAGGUGCCUGUGCUGGUCAACUCGACGUGUUUCCUAGAUAUGCCCUACCGCAUGGCCAGCGAGGAGCCCGCGCACUUCGCCCAGUACCUUCUCCAGUGCAUCUCUAGGGGCGGAAAUCCUUCGACGUAUAUGAUGGGCACACCUGGCCAGAUCCCGUACUUGUGCCUAGAAACCGCAGGAGAGAUAACCCGUUUCCACAAGAAAUGGGGAGCCAUCUACCACGGGUUGCGCCCUUGUGCUAUGACCGGAUUGGUACGCCCUUAUCGAGCUCAUAUGACAGAAAAGCAAUACCAGCAGGCUCUCAGCGAAUACCAAGGGCUCUACUUAUCGAUGCAGGAAACCCAUGUGCUCUUCGACAUCAUUGCACAGGAGCAUGUGGUGGCAAUGGUCGAGAAUGGAAGGCUCAAGAAAUACGGGGUUAUCAUUCUACCCAAUAUCGGCGUCCUCCAAGGAGAGACAGCUGUUGCUCUUGACAAUUGGGUGCUCACUGGGGGACAUCUCGUCACGACUGGGUCUAGUGGUAUCACGGACGAGGGCACGGCUCAGCUCAGGUCGCUUCCAUUCUCCCGACGGCUUGCUCUAGAUGACAAACGCGAGCAACUGUGGUCGUCAUAUUUUGCACUGCCCCAGCUGAACACGCACGACCAUAUAUAUACGGGUCCUCUUGUUCCACUUUAUGGCGCACAUCAUCUCCUCGAAUGGAAGGCCGGUACUGGGGGAGGUUACAAAUUGCUCGCCCAUGCAGCGUUCUCCCCUCCAGAAAGGGCGUACGGGAACACACAAGUCGAACAAAGGGGGUAUGCAACCGGGAGCUUUGGGCGUGGUAGAGGAGUUGUCAUCCCCUUCACUGUCGGCUGCGGAUAUCGCGAUCUCGGGCUGUCCGUAUACCGAGACUUUUUUAGGGGGGUACUCAGCGAGGAGGGUGGCGCGAAGGAAAUACUCUCAUGCAGGAUCGCAGAGCAGGUGAAUAUUACGGUCAACACCACGGGGUCCAGCGUCGUUGUGCAUCUGAUCAACAUGUCAGGUGCUAGGAAACAAAAUUUCGGUCCUCACAUCCCUAUAUCUGGUGGACGGAUCAGGGUGGUACGCGGAAAUAUCAAAGCGCGCGCACUGCGUAUUGACAAGGAGUUGGAGGUUAAUAAUGGCGAAAUUAUACUUCCCACUCUAGAAUUGUUCGAAGUCAUUGUCAUUGAAGGUAUUUAG